AUUUUGCUUCAAGAAUUUGAAGAAUGUGUUUGAAGGAAAUGCGUUUAACCGUCAAAUAGCCUUUGAAAGCCUGUAUUAAUUCAAGAUAUCACUAGAACUUUUUCUAAUAACCCAACAUGACAUCGAAGUUCAAGCAGAAAACCAUUCCAGUUCGUGUUUCGACAAUGGACGCUGAGCUUAGCUUCAGCAUCUCCUCUAAAACCACUGGCCAAGAACUUUUUGACCUAGUUUGCAGAACGAUUGGUUUAAGAGAAACAUGGUAUUUUGGGCUUCAAUACUCUGACAAUAAAGGAUUUAUAAAUUGGCUUUGUCCAAAAAAGAAGAUAGUCGAACAAGACCUUCCUCAAAGUUUUCCUGUUCAACUGAUGUUUUUAGUCAAAUUUUAUCCGGAAAAGAUAGAAGAUCUCAUUCAGGAUAUUACACAACACUUAUUCUUUCUACAAGUCAAACAGUCAAUCAUUAAUAUGGACAUAGAAUGUUCUGCCGAAGCAGCUGUUCUGUUAGCGUCGUAUGCAAUUCAAGCUCACUUUGGAGAUUUCGAUCGAACUGUAUAUAAACUUGGUGCUGUCUUUGCUCCGGAAGAUCUUCUACCAAAGAGGGUGUUGGAGCAAUAUAACAUGACACCUGCCAUGUGGGAAGAGAGAAUAGUAAUAUACUGGAGAGAUCACGUCGGCUUUCCCCGAGAGGACGCAGAGCUGCACUAUCUAAAGUUAGCUCAAGAUUUAGAAAUGUACGGUAUUAACUAUUUCCAAAUUCGAGAUAGAAAAAAUAUUGAUCAUUGGUUGGGGGUGGAUGCACACGGGAUCCAUUUAUAUGAUAUCGAUAAGAAAUUAACGCCGACAUACUCAUUCGGCUGGAAUAGUAUUCAAACUGUUACGAUCUCAGAUAAAAAGUUUACUGUAAAGUUUGUAGAAAAAAUUGACGAUAUGAAAGAAUAUGUUUUUUUCACAUCGAAAUUGAAAAUUAAUAAUCUAAUUUGGGAAUUGUGCAAAGGUAAUCAUGAAUUAUACGAUCAACGAAGAAAACCGGAAUCAAUGGAAAUACAACAAAUGAAAACUCACGCAAACGAAGAGAAGGCUAGACGCCUUCAACAAUUGGAAUUUGAUAAGAAAAGCAGAGAUAGAAUUUUGGAAGAAAAACGUGACUUGGAACAAAAAUUGACUCUUUUACAACAAAGACUAGCGCAGAUGGAAGAGGAAAUUAGUACCGCGUACGAUGCUUUAUCUCGAUCGGAAGAAACAGUUGAAUUACUCGGUGAUAAAAAUAGACAAUAUGAACAAGAGAUUAGUUUAUUGAAUUCGAAAUCAAAAGAAGCUUUAAGCUUAGUUGAAAAGAUCCAACAGGAAAAUAUUUUAUUACGUAUUAAAGUCGCGAAUGGCGAGAGAUUAGCCAUUGGUAUCUUUGAGGAAUGCGAGCAGCGCGGCCAGCUUAUCGAAAAGCUUCGCCAAGAGAACGAUAAAUUAAGGAAGAACAGUGAAGCCGAACGUCAAAGGCGUCUUCAAAGCGACCCUUCUCUUUUAUCACCCCUGCCGCCGUUCGAAACACCCCUGACUGAUAAUUUAACGCUAGAAAUGGAAAGGGAAAGAGAGGAUUAUAUUCAAAAAAGUAAUAAUUUAAAAGAAAGACUCGAAAAUUUACGUUCAAAUAUAGAAGUGUUAAAAGUUGAGGACAGUUCCUUAUUAGGGGAAGAAGUUGAUGAAAUUCAGUCAGGAACGACUAUGGCCCGUGUAGCUUUCUUUGAAGAGUUGUAGCAUGCUUUCGUUAGCCUUUUUUUUGCCUACUGCCAUAUAUACUCUAUAACCUUCCCAAAAAAUAUGAUUUAUCAACCACUCGUUCCGCCGCAACUGCUACAUAAUGACUCACACGAUGCCAAAUGAUUGUCAUAGUCUUCUUUCAUUUUGAAAAUUUCUUCACAUUUUUCACAAGUAUAUAUAUACUGAGUUUCGUCUUUCAAUUCGUCGUCGUUCUUAUGCUCAUAUUGUAAAUGUUCAUCAAGCACGCGCAUAUUCUCAAAUGUUAAAUUGCAAAUUGAACAGGCAAUCGAUUUUGAAACUCUAGCAUUUGCGUGUAUGUAAUAAUCUCUUGUAUAACUAUGCCGAUCUGUAAAUGUUUUAUUGCAUAUUUUACAAUAAUACAGCUCAGAUGAUUCAGCUCUUUGUCUGAUAGAUCUGUUAAAAGUAUCAUCUUCAGAUGUUGAAUAGUGACGACAAACUUUUUCGUGAUUUUUCAAAUGAACUCUAUUCCUAAAUGUCUUUCUGCAAGGUCUACAAUAGAACUUUUCUCGAUCUUUCGUAAAUAGUCUACCCGAUUGGCCUUUGCCAUUGGCUUCUUCAUUAUUCAAUUCCUCAGAUUGAAGAUCGCUACCACUGUUGUUCAAGAAACGAGCAUCUCUCCAUUUUUUUGUUUUACGCUUCGGCU